AUCCCCCGGGGUGGAGAACACACGUGCUCACGGCCGGUCGCGGCGCCUGCGCGGUACCCACCUGGAGUCAGUGCCCUUAGGACGCCUCUUGCACCUUGACUCAGGCGGUCUGCGCGAGCUGGUUUGUGCUUAGCGUCCUGUGUAACACGCCUUGCAAGCGACGGCACCAUGAGUCUGACUUCCAACGUACGAGUUGAAUGGAUUGCAGGCAUUACCUUUGCUGCUGGGACAGCUGCACUUGGUUAUCUAGCUUACAGAAAAUUUUACAGCAGAGAUAAUCGCAAUAAGUCUAUGGUCAACCUCCACAUCCAGAAAGAUAACCCCAAGGUCGUACAUGCAUUUGACAUGGAGGAUUUGGGAGACAAAGCUGUGUACUGCCGUUGUUGGAGGUCCAAAAAGUUUCCGUUCUGCGAUGGAGCUCACACAAAACACAAUGAAGAGACUGGAGACAACGUGGGACCUCUGAUCAUUAAGAAGAGAGAAGCUUAAAUGGACAGUUUUGAUGCUGUAGACCAAUUUGUCAUGAUAUUACCUGAUUGUUUCAUUAGUAUGACUACCACUUCUAUCUAAUUCGCCUCCCCUGGGUUCUAGGUGUGGUAUAUUGUAAACAGCAGCUUUCUUAUUCAUGGCAUUUGCCUUACUUGUUGAGCCAUUGUGGUACACAUUGUUGGAACAGAAGGAGAAAGUUAAAACCAACCUCAUGGCCUGUGGGUUAUUUUGGUCUUGUAAGGAUCCGUUUCUUUACAUUGAAAAUAAUGACAUUGGAGCAUAGUUGUAUCUUCAAAACAAUUAAAUUAUUCUCAAAAUCGUAUAUAUGCAUAUUGUACUUGUAAAUUUGGGGGGGGGGGAAAGCACCUUUUAAUAUUAGUUAACCUAGAAAUUUACCGGAAAGUAAAUUGGUAUAAUUACGCUACAUGAGUUUUUUAGUAUAAUCUAGGAAAAUCUGUUAUGAUCAUGGUUUUUCUUUUUGACAGUGGUAAUGAAGCUAGGGAAAUGUGGCUUAUCUGUUUCACAAUUUUCAGUCCAGCUGAGCUUUGAAUAUUAUUCCACUUAAAAAUGAGGGUCAGGUUAGUAAUUAAGGGUGUUAAAGGAGGAGGGGACAUUUAACUCAAAUUGGUAUUAAACGUAAAGUAGCCAUGAAGAAAACUUUAAAAGUAACAUUCCAGAAUUAUUGCCCAAGGAACAGCUAACACUUGAACUGAACACUGUAGGAAUUGGCAUACAUGCCAACUCUCGGACACAAAAUCUCAUGUUCAUUACAGAAAUAAUAGUCAUACGUUAGAUCAAAGACAUAGAUUUUUAUUUCCCAACUCUUAGUAAUCAGGAACAUGGCUGAUUUUAGAAGAUUAUUUGGAAGGCCAAAGAGAGUAUCACAGGUAGUAAGUACACUUGCCUUGUACUUGACAGACCCAAGUUCAGUCCUCAGCACCCCAUAUGGUCCCCCAAGCCUGGAGGGAUCCCUGAGCACAAAGCUCCAGAAGUAAGCCCUGAACACCGCCAGGAAUAGCCCCCCACACACCAAAAAAAAAGAAGAGUGUUUGACUAAGAAAGUUAAUAUUACUUCUUUUUUUAGACUGUGGGAUCUUAAAAGCAAGAAAUUGAAGGUUAAGUUUAUGUGAUAUUUUUCAUACACUAAGUGGAAACAUUCCAUUUAUUACUGACUUAGAAAAGUAUGUGGAAGCAAUUAGGAGCAAUAAAACUUACGCAGAAGUAAAUGUAUAUUCUUAGGUUUUAUAGGUUAGAAGGAAAAAUCAUGACUACAGGUGAUAAUAGGUAAACAAUUUGGAAUUGUGAAGGUAAACAUUCUUAUUUUAUAAUACUUGGAUUCCCAGUGUUUCUAUUCGCUAAUAUUCAGAAUUACCAUAGAAUUCACAAGUAUCAACAAAACCACAGUUCCUGGAUUAUGAUCAUGGAUUUUUUUAAAUGCACAAUUAGGGUUUUUACAGAUCAAGUUCAUAUUUUAAUGUACUUGUUUUUAAGUAGCCCACAUGAUGGAUGUGUGUGCAAGACACAUCUUUAGCAUAAAAUAUAACUAUUACAAACUGAUUCCCUAAGAUUUUGAGUUUUGUCCAUGAUAUACACUGCCUUUUUUUUGUUUGGGGGCCACACCAGACAGUGCUCAGGGGUUAUUCCUGGCUCUGUACUCAGGAAUUACUCCUGGUGGGGCCUGGGAUCCAUAUGGGAGGUCAGGGGUCAAAUCCUGAUAGGCCACGUGCAGGGCAAGGACCCUACCUACUGUACUAUCUCUCUGACCCUUUCUGCCUUUUUUUUGACAGUAUGAAUGGGUGAGCAAAGGAUUUCUGUUUUAAAGAAAAAAUAGUUUUAGGGAAAAGUUCAUUUGCAGCCAAAGCUUCUGAUAAAGAAUCAUACUUUUAACUUAGACUAAACUGUGUUUCACUUUGAACUUUAAGUAGUCAGGUAUUCUUAUGGUUAAUGAAGGAAAGGAAUUACUAAUGCUAGCUAUUUUUUUUUCAGAAGUAAAUGAUUAUGUGGGGUGUAUUUCUACAGUGAACCAGAAAAUAGUCACUUUAUAGUGAAAUACAGAUCUACUCUAGCAGUUUGAAAGUCAGAAAAAAAGUGUAUUUAGAAUUCUUUUAAAUUAAUUUCAUGCUGCUUAAUCUAAAAAGUAAAAUGUGAUUCUUAUUGUGAGGUAUUUGUACACAAAAUCAACGUGUGCAGCUACAAUUCUCAAUUAAGCACACUUAAGUUUCCUGCUGCUCUUUCUUUCAUUUGAUUAAUAUUGUAAGCAGAGAGGAUCACCCAUACCACUAUAAUGUUUUUUUCUAUGUUUCAUUUUUAUAACAGUGAAUUCUGAAGUAAGAUUUUUUUGUUUCAGUUUGGUUUUUAGUUUUUGAACUAUACUCGGUGAUGCUCAGGGGUUACUCCUGCCAGCGUUCUGGAGACCAUAUGGGGUUUGGGAAUUGAACCUGGACCAGCCACAUGCAAUGAAAUAUUUUAAGAAACUUAAAAAGCUCACCAUUUAAGUAGUACCAUUUAUGGCAUGUUACAGAAUUAUUGUUUGUGAUUUGGCUUUAUUUUCCUUUAAUUGCAAUAAUUCUUUCUACUACAAAUUAGUUGAAAUUGUUUGAUUUUAUUUCAGUUGCUAAGGACUUUGGGUUUAAGGUAACAUUAAGGUUUCCUGAUGAGCAGUAUGCUUAGUGCUAAGAUAUCUGUGAGGGUGACCGUUCUAAUUGCCAGACACUAAACUUGCUCUAAUUCUAACACUACUUAUUUCAGACAAUGCCACUGACAUCUGAGAUUUAACUGAAGGGUUUAAAUGAUAUUUUAGACAAUUGGUCCCCAGUUCUAGGUCACUAUUUCAUUUUCAGCAUCCACAAAGAAAAGAAUGGAUAAGUGAUCAACUUGGAUUUAAUUUUUAUUAUAAUGUUGUUGUAUCUUCUGUGAUAUUAAAACAUCCUUUCUUCUAUGAAA